CAAGAGAGAUUAGGUCAGGGCCAGACUCAACAAUUUACAAGGGAAUUUUCAAAAAGCAAACCCUACAAAGGUGGUUUCUGGAUGUUUAUUUUUAUAAAGAUGCCUUAUUCACUAUGAAACUAUCUUGGAGCAUAAUUAUGCUUUUACUGUUUAUGUUGCUUCUUUCAGUUUCUGUAGAAGUGAAAAAUUUACAAGACAUGGGUCCCAAAUGGAGAUAGAUUUUGAUCUUUUAGAUCCAUAAUCCUAUGCCAAGGGGCACUCUGCCUGAAUUAUAGCUCAGGAUUUAAUAGGCGGUAAUGAGUCACUGCUCUGUAUGAAAUGAGGUCCUCUUCUUCCCUAAGAAAACAGCAAAGGGAAUCGAGCUUUAAACCAAUGAACUACAACUUCAAGUCAGAUCAGUCAAAAGUGGCAAAAUACAGUUUUCCUUUAUUCGAACUCCUGCCUGCUUCAUGGUUUCCCAGAGUCGAGCAUAAAACCUGGGAAGCCGGCUGCGACCAAGAUGGCCGGGAGACUCGCCACCUUCCUCAAGGAUGCCUGGGCCAAGCAGCCGGUGUUGGUCACAUCCUUCACCAUCGGGGGCCUCGCUCUAAUUCUGCCCACCCUCAGCCCCUCCACCAAAUAUGCCACCAUGAUCAACCAGGCCAUGCCCUACAACUAUCCAGUGCCCCUCCAAGAUGACGGGAACAUGCCCGAUGUGCCCAGCCACCCCAGGUCCCCAAGGGCCCAAGCUUGGAGUGGCUGAAGAACUUGUGAGCACCCCCAGUGACAUGGAGGAGGCCCCUCCCCUGAGCCAAUAAAAUGUAAAAAGCAACCCCCCCAAAAAACAAAAAACAAAAACCUGAGAAGCCAUACAGUUUUAUAUGUUAAAGAUACCCAGAUAUAGUUGACAGUUUAGCUCAGAUUUUAAACAAAAAUUGAAAUUAAUAUCAUGGACUAUGUUUCACAUUGCUCUGAAACACCAGCUCUAAACGAAUACUACCUGAACUUGAAUACUCCUUUUAUUUUUAUUCUUCUUUUCCCCUACGGCCUUAUUGAGCCUGCCAGGCUGCCUUCCUGCCAGGCACUGUUCUGAGUGCUUUGGAGGAUACAAAUAGGACUGAGAUAGGGACCCUGUUCUCUGAGAGCUUUUGCAGUAGGAAUCAUUAGAUACAUAAAGAGCCAAAAUACAAGCAAAGAGGUGAUGCGGACAAUAAGGAGAUGUUAAGUUAAAUGCCCUGAACAUGCAGAGGUGCUGGUGAGCACUUGGGGGGGUGGGGGUGAGCAGGGAAGUGGAUGGGGGAAGGUGGCGGUUGAACAGGUAUGGAAGGUGAGGAACAGCAUGAGCAAAAACCUGGAGAUGGGCAAGAGCCAGGGAGCUUGGGAACUGGCAAGUAAUUCAAUUUUGCCAGAGCCAAGAGAACAUGCCAGAUUGUGAAGACUCUUUCCAGAGCGCCGGGGGCUGCAGCCCAUGAGGCUCCCCAGGCCCCGAAUCUGAUCUGGAGCGUGGGCAGCUGGGGCAGGGUUCGGUUCCCGAGAGUGGCAGGAGGGUGCCUGGGCUCCUCUCCAUCCUUCAUACCACCAACCGAGAUCUGUCUAACAUGCACAUGCAACCACAUCAGUCCCCUUCUUAACAUCUUACAAGGUAUUAUCCAAAAUCUUAACUUGAUCCAAGGCUCUUCUUUGGUCUGAUGAGCCUCUCAGACCACCCCUCAUCCUUCAAGCCUCAACCCCCCCUCAACUCCACUCAUCUAUAGCUACCUGUAAGCUAGGCUUACCGAAUUUAUUUCACUUCCAUAAAAUAUUCU